AACCGAUACAUAGUAUGUGACUCGACCACACUAUUGUGCCUAGUCCCGCUUCCUCGAGGCAUUUUGGCUCAAGCGACGCUGUGCGUGCUUACGCUCAUCUCAGCGGUUCACGAGUGACGACUUAUACAUCCUCCAUAACACAAUCAGCAUAUAAGCGAAUUGGGCGGUGGCGGUGGAGUCGGCAGCUGGUGGAACCACUCCUUGGGCGGGUACGUGCGCAGAUGAAUGCUUUGACGGACAUCUGUCGCGUCGGUAAGGGUGGUAUGAUGAUGUGCUCACAGCGACAUGUGACACGGUGCCUGGUCGCCCUCGCCUUUCUGGGAAGCAUGGGCCUUGCGACUGUAGCGACAGCCCAAAAGGCCGAGGCACUGUUCCUGCACGGCGACUGGCUGCGAAUAGCUGCGGAAUCCAAUGCGGAAGAUGACUGCACCGGCACUUCCUGCCCCUGCCUGUACACGCGUUGGUACGUGCUAUUGGGCCGCCGACAUAGCCAGGAUCCAAGCGACCUGCUGUUGCAGCAGCGGCCUGCCAGAGCCAUGAAAGUAGACACAGGCGGCAGCAGCAAUCACAAUGCCCACAUUCAGCCCGAUACCCACAACCCCAGCCCGCUUGAGAUGUGGGUGCACGUCUCGCGAACGGACGUGUGCCGCGGUUGGCACAGCACCCUGACUGCGCACGCUGCCGCAGCCGACCCACGGGCUCUGGGCCUCUCCCAUUUCAGCGUGCAUCAGCAGGCAAUGCCUUCCUCCAACGCAAUGCCUCGUGCUGAAUCUGGGAUUGCUGGCAGAAGUACAUCUGGAGCAGGCGCGCAAUCUGAUAGCACUACUGUGGGUGCUGCCAGUAAAGGACAGGCAGGCGGCAUGGCGGUCAAGGCUGUUGGCGAGGUGCUGGCAGCAUGCACCUCGUCCUUUGACGUGGACUGUGUGGCGGUCAGGGUGCGGCUGAACGUCACCGCCGCAGCCGCAGGACUCAGCCCCGGCAGCCCUGGAGAUGCAGGAUUCAACGUUGCCAGUGGCAGGCACGAUUACGAGGUGCCGGGCUGGCUCUGGGCAACGUCCAAGGGCACACACUGUCUAAGCACUCCCCUAGAAGCAGCAGCGCCUACCCAGCAGCAACCGCAGGCGGUAGGGGUCGAAGUGAAUGAUGCGGAUGCGGAUGCGCCCCUGCCCGGGGUGGCGGCGGCCGUGUCGUUGGACGGGAUGUGGCUGCCUGUGCCGAAUGCGGCCCUGCGGCUAAGCUUCGGACACAGUCGUGGGACUGUCGGCGGUGAUAGCGGGCCACUCGUGCCGGGGGCCGGGCGGCCUGAUGUUGGUCCAGGGGCAGCCGCCAGUGGCGGAGGCGGUGGCGCCGAUGGGGGCCCGCGACGACACGCGGGCAGGGACAAGGGGCACGAGGGGCACGCUGGUGGCACCCGCAAAGUGGGGAGGGCUCCAAGAGUGGGCGGAAAGGCACCUCAGCGGACAGGGCUCCUAUCUUAAUGUCUCCAGACAUUAAUUGGCCAUUUUGGCCGUUUCCUAGACAUUCCUCCCGGGGGCUAAUGUCUGGGGCGAGACUUUGUUGGCCCGGGUUUGGGGCGGGUUUUGUCCCAAUUCCUAUGGAGAAGCCCCCAUACCGCCAUGUGCCCAGACAAAAGACGGCAGCCACCGGGCCGUUUUUGUCUGGAGCUAGACAUUACCCCAAAAACAAGAUACGACCCCUGUCAGCGGAGAACGCCGUGAAGAAGAGUUGUGGCUGGGGGAACAUCCAUUGUUCCCAUCCCAUGGAGCAACAAUUAUUGAUAGUUUGGACAGCUCAUGCAUAGAGGAACUACAGUUGGAGUGUGUGCACGCAUCAUGGCUUUCUGCUUUACAGAUGGACCGGCGUCUGGCUGCCAGAGUUAUGAAUUUAUGAUCGAGCGGCGGCCAGACAGUAGGUCGGUGGGUUGACCCAUUCCAUGGCUUACAGCACUUUACAAUUACUCAUGCGGCAGAGCUAACGCGUUCCAAGAUUGACGCCUGCCUCUUUACGAUGAGCGCAUCCCGCUUCCACCUCGCUCACUGCCCGGCCAUCACUCACUCGGUAUGCAGACCAGAUGAUAGUCGUACAGGCAACGACCCUAAACAUCACGG